CGGGGUAUGUUGCCGAUGGUAUCACAGUGAAACUGCUACGCUGGAGCACAUGGCCACCUAGAAAGAUGUUACAGUCCAGUGGAUGGAAUCUUACCAGUCGGGUCCUGAAGAACUAGCAGGUGAUGACCUGUCAGACCACAGACGGUUUUUUAUCACAUCCAGGCUGCAAUUAGCCCAAAGAUAUUACUUAGGGUGGACAAUGAACAACACUGGUAGGUGCCAUGAUGAUCACACCCUGGAUAAAUACUUGUUUCCAUUUGUGUACGGCAUUGUGAUGGUGAUCAGUAUUCCCAUCAACUGCAUAUCCCUCUAUGCAUCUUGCAUUCAGGUGAGGAAAAAGAAUGAGUUAGCAGUCUACCUCUUCAGCCUGUCCCUGGCUGACCUCCUGUACUCUCUGAUUCUGCCUCUGUGGAUUGAUUAUGCCUGGCAUGGAGAUGACUGGAGGCUCUCUGCCUUACUUUGUCAGAUUUCUGCGUUCCUUAUGUACAUGAACUUCUACACCAGCACUGCAUUCCUUGCUUGCAUCUCUAUCGACAGGUACCUGGCAUUAGUUCACCCUUUGAAGCUCCAGCAUUUGCGCACAAGAAGAUUUUCUUUGCUUGUCAGCAUAACUGUUUGGCUUUUGGAAACUAUCUUCAAUUCAGUCAUCUUGGUGAACAAAGAAACAUUCAACGAUCCUUGCAAUUCCACUAAUCACACGUUAUGUUAUGAUAAAUACCCCCUGGAAUGGUGGCAGGCACAGCUAAAUAUAUUCCGGAUAUGCUCGGGUUACCUGGUCCCUCUGAUAAUCAUUGUGUUCUGCUAUUAUAGAAUCUACCAAGUGGUGAGGUGUAAUCAAGCCACAGUAGAUGAAGAAAAAAAGAAAAUCAGGAAACUAAUACUGAACAUCACAGCUACUUUCAUUGUUUGCUUCACUCCUUAUCAUGUCGUGUUGCUUAUUCGCAGCAUCAAAGAACCUUACACCCCCAAUCCGCAGUUUGUCCAACUGAUGUACAAGAUUUACAGAAUCACACAGGCCUUAACAAGUUUGAAUUGCAUUGCUGAUCCUAUUCUUUACUGUUUUGUGAGUGAAACUGCAAGAACAGACAUUCUGAAUUUGCUCAAGUGUUGCCUGUAUUUACGAAAGCGUGAGGGUAACCAAGCAAAAGCCAAUGCUCUGUGUAGUUCUGCUAUAAAGAGCAGUGCAUUGAUCACCUGCAGAACUUCCUGCGAGACUCUCUCAAAAAUGUCUGAGAGAGAGUAUAGUCAAAGCAACAUUUGAUAAGAUAAAACCUGUAUCUAAGAAGUACCCCCAAAAUUAGACACUAAUCUAAGGGAAAUUAGUGGUGUUGGGCAGUAAAGAGCAGUCUUUUAUUGGAGGGUUUUCCGUAUGAAUAGCACACUGAGUGCAUGAUCUGAAAGAUGAAAGGGAGGCUAGACUACUGGGUUCUCUGGAGCUAAUAAUGACUUAUUACAGGGUCAAUGAAAUCAAUGGAGCAUCAAAACGUAUCUUUAAAUCAGGCAUGGUACAUAAAUCAAUGUCAAUAAACAAACUCACAGUCAAAAAACAUGAACAUGACAUACUGACAAAAUUACCAAGGAGCCCCCACAGAAUUGUCUCUUGUCUUAGCUUGCUAGCCACCCCACUUGCUGAGCAUACAUGUACUCAGCAGGAGGAAGGCUGGAGUCCUCUUCACGUAGUCAUUUGUUUCAAUUUUUAAAAGAAAGCUAAACCUUACCUGGUAAGGAGCCUUUGGGGGGCUUUUCUUUUAAAUCAGUAUUGUGAUAGAAAUUAAUAAAGCAUGCAUGCAGACACACACAGAGAGAGAGAGAGAAAGAGAGAGAGAAAUCAUUCAAAUGCUUGACAAAGGAGCAGCGAGAGAGCAUAUAGUAAAUCUUUUUAAUUUGUUGGUGCAAUUUAUGCUGCUGUGAUGGUUUCUGUGUUUCAGAAAUGACUCAGGUCUUCCUGCUCCAUACCCCUGAGAUCAGCCACUUCUUAAAGUGGUCUACCUCAUGUAGACAGGUACUUACCUGCUCAUAAGCUUUUCAGCUUUUGUAUUCUUUGGAAAAUGUAUGUUAAAGUGAAUGACCCUAUGUCAUGUGCUUCCAUUACAAUAUGAGUAUUGUGUUUCAGGUAGUUGAAGAUUCAUUACUUAGAGUACACAUAGAGAACCAAACUCUAGCCACUGCUGGUUUAACUCAGAUGAAAUUUUUCCCUGGUAUGUGCAGGGAGAAAAGGGAAGGAUUGAAAGGUGAGGUUUCACAUCUGCACAACAUAAAAGACCAGUCUUCAGUCUUGCCUGUUAUGACUGAAAUCUGGAGUGCAGUUAUGUUUGCAGAGUCAAUAGAGCAAGAAGUUUAUAUCAAUUUACUUAACUGUGAAUGGAUGCCUCAAUUACAGUUUCCAGGGCGCUCAGUCUGCCAGGUAAAAGAAAAAGAUACAAACAAACAAUAAGAAUGGCAGCAAAAGAACCAACACUUUUAGAAAGGUUGAAGUUAGUACAACGCAAAAGUACAGACAUUGAUUCAGGGCUCUGGUCCUGCCCUGCAAUUGCUGUAUGAUUCUCUGCUGGGUGGUGGGCACUUGUCCCUGAAGCUGGUGAAAAGGCAGUUAAAGACACUGUGGAAAUUCUUUUUUUUUUUUUUUUCUCUAGUACACAGUGGUCACAAGCAAUAUGGGAAUUCUUAUGAGAAUUAUUACUUAUUCCUUGUGCAUGUAAAUUAUAAGUUUUUUCAUCACAAAAAGCCACAUUCAUUGAUUUCACAAGUUCCUAGUAGUGUCUAUUUAUACUUUCAACUCACUUUGCAUUCUGAGAAGGAAACUUCUGAGGAGAGACUGAGGAAACUGAGCUUGUUUGGCCUGAAGAUGAGAAAGCUUCAGGGGGUCCUGAUGGCAGCCUUGCAAUACCCUACAAGAAGGCUGCUGAGAAGAUGGAACCAGGCUCUUUACAGCACUGCACAGUGGGAAGACCAGAAACAAUGCACAUAUUUUAAAAAAAGAAGAGAUUUUGACUAGAUACAAGGAGAAAUUUUUUCACCGUGAGGACUGUCAAGCAGUGGAGGAGGUCACACAGUGAUGUUGUGCACUCUCCAUCCCUGGAGGCUUUCAAGACCCGACUGGGUAAUGCCCUGAGCAACCCGAUCUGACCUCAUACCUGACCUUGCUUUGAGCGUGAGGUUGGACUAGAGACCAGGUCCCUUCCAACCUGAAUUAUCUUACGAUCCUGUGAAUUUCAUAAACAUGUUUGUCACUACUCUGGCGGACACCUUCUCUAAAAGAAUAUGUUCCCUUCCCUUCUUUGUUUCCAUUUAUCUGUUUGCUGGAUCUUGUUUUGUUUUAAUGUGUUUUUUCCUGUAGUUCCUUCUUAUAUGUUAUGAAGUGAACAGUAUGCAAGUAGCAGUGCAAGUUACUUCACCACAGAUGUGUCCAUAUGCUGACCUAAGAACAUAAUAUAUUUUGCAACAGAAUGUGAAAUUUCACUGCAGCACUAGAAUAAAAGAGGAACCAAUCUUUGUCUUGUAA